UCCUGUGUGUGUGUGUGCAUGUGUGAGAGUGAGUGAGGGUGUGUGUGUGAGAGAGAGAGAGUGUGUGAGUGUGUGUCUCCCUAUUUUUCUCCAAACUCGAACAGAACCGAAGUGAGAGAGCUCUUGUCAUGGAGCUCUACGAGACUCUCCGACAGAUAACGCCGUUAUUUUCGGAAUUGUUAUGUUUGUGCCAUGUGUUCGCACUGGCACCUCUCGUUUAUAUUUUAUUAGCAGUUGUUAAUUUAAUGAUAAAGAGGAGGAGAGGGAUGCGAAUACUUGAGCCGUUUCCUGGACCACCUGCACACUGGCUCUUGGGACAUGUUAAAGAGUUUCGCCAGGAUGGAGCAGAUUUGGCAAAGAUCGUCAGGUGGGGUGAGCAGUAUCCCAUUGCCUUUCCACUGUGGUUUGGUCCGUCAGUCUCCUUUCUGAAUAUCCAUCACCCGUCUUAUAUGAAGACAAUUCUCGCAUCAACAGAACCAAAAGACGAUGUUGCAUAUACAUUUCUUGUCCCUUGGAUAGGGGAGGGCUUACUUGUGUCUGAUGGACAGAAAUGGUUUCGUCAUAGAAGACUCCUCACUCCUGGUUUCCAUUAUGAUGUUUUGAAGCCUUAUGUGAAACUUAUUGCUGAUUCAACCAAAAUUAUGCUAGAUAAGUGGGAAGUUCAUGCUAAAUCUGAGGAGUCAUUUGAACUGUUUCAGCAUGUGAGUCUCAUGACUCUGGACAGCAUCAUGAAAUGUGCAUUCAGCUGUAACAGUAACUGCCAGACAGAGAGUGGAAGCAACCCAUACAUCCAGGCAGUGUAUGAGCUGUGUCACCUGGUGAACCUCAGGUUCCGUGUCUUCCCGUAUCACAGCAAGGCCAUAUUUCAUCUCAGUCCACAUGGAUACAGAUUCAGGAAGGCAUCUAAAACAGCACACAAUCAUACAGAGGAAGUUAUCAGAAAGAGGAAGGAAGUCUUGAAGAUUGAGAGGGAACAGGGCAUCUUUAAAAACAAACGAUAUUUGGACUUUUUGGAUAUUCUUCUGUCUGCCCGAGAUGAGCAGAAGCAGGGGUUGUCUGAUGAGGACAUCAGAGCUGAGGUGGACACAUUCAUGUUUGAAGGUCAUGACACUACAGCCAGUGGCAUAUCGUGGAUCUUUUACAGUCUGGCCUGCAACCCCGAUCACCAGCAGAUAUGCCGGGAGGAGAUCCUGCAAGCUCUGGAGGGCAAAGACAGCAUAGAGUGGGAGGACCUCAAUAAAAUUCCAUACACAACAAUGUGUAUUAAAGAAUCCCUGCGUCUUUACCCUCCUGUGCCAGGAAUGUCACGAAAGUUGACAAAACCCAUGACUUUCUAUGAUGGAAGGACUUUACCUGAAGGUUGUCUGAUUGGAGUCAGCGUUUAUGGAAUCCACAUGAAUUCCACAGUGUGGGAGAAUCCAUAUGUAUUCAACCCAUUGCGAUUUCUGCCUGAGAACUCUGCUAACAGGUCGCCGCAUGCCUUUGUGCCCUUCUCUGCUGGACCCAGAAACUGCAUUGGACAGAACUUUGCCAUGAAUGAAAUGAAAGUAGUGGUGGCACUGACACUGAAGAGAUAUCACCUCAUUAAAGACACGAAUCACACCCCAAAGAUGGUCCCUCAAAUAGUGCUCAGAUCCCUCAAUGGAAUUUACCUCAAGAUCAAACCCGUAGAAACUGAGUUAUGAAAAGCCAGCUGUUUAAAAACAGUAAUUUUUAUAUUUGUUGUUAUCUGAAAGCCACUAGAAUGAACUGUGCCCACUGAUAGUGUAGUUUAUUUUAAAACGCUGUCUGUGUUGUUUAUAUUGCCCAAAAUUACUUUUUCAACAGAAAAUUUAAACCAACAUCUCUGACAUAAAAUUUGUUUACCACCAACUUUCCAUGGGCAGUAAUAACACAACGUUAAUAACUCCAGACAAACAGUGCCAAGUUUUGUGAAUAAGGUGCAAUCAAUAAUAAGAGUAGUAUGCAAAGAAAGGAGGUGUGUUUGAUCUGAAAUAAAUGUCCAUGUCUUAAUUUAGGUAGUCACUGCACAGUGCUAUUUUGGUGUUAAUAAAUAAGCUGCAGGUUUUUGUGCUGAAAUGCCAAAUGCUAAAGUGGUUAGUAAAUUUGCCCCUUAUUCUCUUUAUUUUUACAACACUGAAUAUGUGAAAUUAUAGGAUAUUUGAAAAUAUAUAUUUUUUUCAGAGGAAUCAACUUGAUGUAUUAAAUUGAAAUUUUGCAACAACUACUUUAAAACAACAUUAAUUCUAAAACUACAGGUCUCCGACAUUGAAAAAAAUUGAAAAAUUCUGUUGAUCUGUAACUAAUGGAAAAGAAAAUUGAAAGUUGUUAAUUAAUUAGUCUUAACAGCACUUAAGAACACCAUAAAUGAAAAUUGUUUUUAAAUAAGUAAAAGAAUAUAUAUAUAUAUAUAUAUAUAUAUAUAUAUAUAUAUAUAUAAUAAAACAAAAUUGAAGAUCCCCAUGUCUUUACACUACAUAUGGCUUUCACUUAAAUUUUCACUUUGUGACAUAAGACUUCAUUGCAUCAGUUGUAAAAACAAAUAAAUCUUAAAGGGAUUUUUCACCCAAAAAUGUAAAUUAUCUCAUCACCAUCCCAGAUGUGUGACUUUCUUUCUUCAGCAGAACACAAAAUCAUUUUAGAAGAAUAUUUCAGAUCUGUAGAUCAUUGAAUGAGAAGCAUUGAGACACAGAUUAAUAUUGAAUUCCUUUUUUACUAUAAAUCUCAUCUUUCACUUUUCUAAAGGCUCUUCUCAAGAGUUAUUUUUGGUGAUUCACAUUCUUUAUGCAUAUCGCCACCUACUGGCCAGGGAGGAGGAUUACAAGUAAAAAGUGACACAAAUAUUGCUCUGUUUCUCUGUAUCAUAUCACUUCUGAAGACAUGGAUUUAACCACUGGAGUCUUAUUGAUUACUUUUAUGCUGCCUUCAUGUGUUUUUUGGAGAUUCAAAUAUCUGGUCACCAUUCACUUGCACUGAAUGGACCUACAGAACUGAGAUAUCCUUCUAAAAAAUGUUGUUUGUGAUUUGCUGAAGAAAGAAAGUCAUACACAUCUGGAUAAAACGGGGUGAGUAAAUGAUGAGAGACUUUUCAUUUUUGGGUGAAAUGUUCCUUUAAUGUCAAUUUUAAUUUAAAGUCUACCUAGGUAACUAAUAACACUAUAAACUGUAAUUGUACAUAAUAUUUCAAGAUGUACAGACUGAAUUUAAAUUGUCAGUGCAUUGUAUUUAGAUGUGAGGAAAUGCUCAGGAGACAAUGAAGGUUAAGUGGUUGCAUUUAAGAAAAGUGCCAUUUAUCAACAAUAAAGAGUGAAAAAAAAAGACUAAAAAUGAUUUUUUUACUUUUCUUUUACUUAGAAUUAAAAUGUUAUGGACAGCGGCUAUAUGGUUACUGUCUCUUUAAGAGGGAUUCUGCAUGAUACAAUAUUGAAGGCACUCUGCCCAGAUUGUUUCGUUGAUUUUAAACUUUUGAGAGGUGUAAAGUCACAUUAUUUUCGUACCAUGUCGUGCUGUUGUCUGUAUUCAUUUACUUUAAGUAUUCUUUUAUUUUGUGACAAUAAACAAUAUUGUUGUCAUUCUGCAAUGCCAGGGAUGAGGAUUUCAGAGAUUAACAGAUUGUGAGACUACAUUCAGUAAAUUUGACACAAUUGUUUUAAUUCAAAUAUAAAUUUUUACGGUUUAAAUAAACCAGAAUUGUCACACA